UGUGUGUGUGUGCGGAAAAGCAACAACAACAGCAGCAGCAGCAGCAAUAACAACAAUAACCUGGUCUCGUAUGUCCGCUUUCCUUGCUCGUUACGGUGCUUUUCUAUGCCCAAAGUGCAGGCAAGUGCAGCCUGGAAUCAGCACCGACGACAGUUGUCCAAAGGUUGAUUUAUCAGCAGAGCGAACGACUCAGCAACAACAAUAACAAGUGCAAUAAAAUGAGUUUUUAUUAAUUGCGCGCACACAUACAAUCUAAAGCCGAGGAAACACGCACACGCACUGUGCGAUCUAGAAAUAACUAAAAUCGAUAUCGAUAGGCACUAUCGAUUAACUUUUGCAAUCAAAAUGCACAGUUUAGCGCGCGUUUUUAGCAAUUUGCAAGACUUCUACAAUGACAUCAAUGCGGCCACACUGACCGGAGCCAUCGAUGUGAUCGUUGUGGAGCAAAAGGACGGCGAGUUCCAAUGUUCGCCCUUCCAUGUGCGUUUCGGCAAGCUGGGCGUGCUGCGCAGUCGUGAGAAGGUGGUUGACAUUGAAAUCAAUGGCGCCCCCGUGGACAUACAAAUGAAACUGGGUGACUCUGGGGAGGCAUUCUUUGUGGAGGAGUGCCCGGAUGAUGAUGAUGAGGAGUUGCCCGCCAAUUUGGCCACUUCACCCAUACCAAAGAGUUUUUUGCAGUCGCUGAACAAAGACAACGACAGCUUGGAGGAAAUACGCGGCGUGACAGCCGACAAAAGCGCUAGCGAAGAACUUCAAAUACCGUUGCCUUUGCCGCGUCGCAACUCAAUUGAUCUCUCCAAGGAGGAGCCCAAAGAAAUCGCUUUAGAGGGUGGCAAGUUCGAGAAUCAGGCAUCGGACUACACGCAUCGCAGGCACACGGAUAACAUCUUGGAGCGUCGUGAUUUGAGGGAGAAAAUCAAGGAGUUUACAACACAAAAAAUGCGCCAGGAAUGGGCCGAGCAUGAGGAGCUAUUUCAAGAGAAGAAACAGCCAGAGAAGGUAGAGAAAUUGCCAGAGCCAAAGUCAGAGCCGGAACCUCAACCAGCACCCGAGCCAGAGGUUGUCCAAACGCCGCCGUCAGCUAAGUCGGAGUUGCUGCUGAUAGCACCAGCGGUCACAGCAGCCGCGGCAGCCCCAACUGUCAUCAGUGAGGCCAAUAAGGAUGAUGUCAAGAGCAAGACCAAGAAGCGCCGCAAGAAGUCGCAAAUGAAGAAGAAGAACUCACAGCGCAAGACUUCCUCAAGCAGCUCUGCCGGCAGCGCCGCUGGCGGCGAUGCGGCCAAUGCAGAUGCCAUCUCGCUCAGCUCGUUGCAGGUCAGCAAUAUUGAUGAGACUGAUGUGGCGGCCAGUGUUUCCAUUACCCAUACCAACUCCUCGUCCAAUGAUGAGCAGGCCUCGCCCGCACUCCUAACGGCACACACAGGCAAUGAUAGUCCACUCAGCGAACUGGCGCAUACUGUCACGCCCACAAACGUGGCACGGCACGACCUGGACAUACACUUCUUUAGCGACACAGAGAUCACAACGCCCACGGGCAUUGGAGCUGGCGGCGCUGGACGCGGCGCCGGUCGUCCCUCGACGCCCAUCCAGAGCGACAGCGAACUGGAAACGACCAUGCGCGACAAGCGCCAUGGCGUCGAUGAUGAGAACAGCGCUCUCUGGAAUUGGGGUGAACUGCCCACGCCGGAGCAGGCCAAGGGUGCGGUCAGCGCCGCGGAUGCACAGCAAAGCCAACGCCACUGGAUGUUGAGCAACAUGUUUAGCUUCAUGAAGCGGGCCAAUCGUUUGCGCAAAGAGGGCGCUAACGAGGCUGGCGAUAUCUAUUUAUCCGAUUUGGAUCUGGGUCGAAUGGAUCCCGAGAUGGCGGCUCUCUACUUUCCCAGUCCCAAGAACAAGGAGGCCAAGCAAACGAACAGCGGCGACGAGGAUCGCGAGAGCGGCAACGGCACAAGCCUGCCUCAUUCGCCCAGUUCGCUGGAGGAGAACCAAAAGAGCAUGGACUCGGACUUUGAUGAGAGCAAACAGCUGGCACCACAGGGCAAGAAGUGCGUAGCCGCUAGCCGAAUCCCUCGCAAAUAUCAUCAGUUUAUGUCUUAUCCACUCGAUUUAUAUUUAACUAGAUAUUUGGACUUUGUGGCCAUGUCCAUGUGCGGCAUGCAGGAGAACGGUGCUCCGCCCAGAGAUGAGGAUUUCGAUCGACAGCUGGUCACCUAUCCGGAUGUGUGCAAGAAUCCAAAUAUGUUUGCAUCACCGAACCUAGUUGUACGUCUAAAUGGCAAAUACUACACUUGGAUGGCUGCAUGUCCCAUUGUCAUGACAAUGAUAACAUUCCAGAAGCAACUAACCGAAGAUGCCAUAGAGCAGCUGAUUUCGCCAGCGGCACAAGUUGGGGGCGAUGACAAGCCGGAGGCCGUGCACCCAACGGACAAUGUUGGUCAAACCAAGCGUUCCUGGUGGAUUUGGCGACGAUCUCAGGAUGCAGUGCCUAGUCAGGUGAACAAUGCGGACAAGAAACAUCAGAAUUCCGCUGCGCUGGGCAAGGAUGAGAAAGAUGGCGAUCAGGCUGCGGUUAGCACGCAAACAUCGCGUCCCAAUUCGCCGGAUAUAAGCGAUCCCACUCUCAGCAAGAGCGACUCGCUGGGCAAUGCUGAGAACACCUCCGCUCUGGUAGACAAUCUCGAGGAGCUGACCAUGGGCUCCAAUAAGAGCGAUGAGCCCAAGGAGCGUUACAAGAAAACGCUUCGCCUCAGCUCGGCGGCCAUUAAAAAACUAAACCUCAAAGAGGGCAUGAACGAAAUAGAGUUCAGUGUGACGACCGCUUAUCAGGGCACCACGCGCUGCAAGUGCUAUCUGUUCCGCUGGAAGCACAACGAUAAGGUGGUCAUUUCGGAUAUUGAUGGCACCAUUACCAAGUCGGAUGUAUUGGGCCACAUUCUGCCGAUGGUCGGCAAGGAUUGGGCGCAAUUGGGCGUGGCUCAGCUAUUCUCAAAAAUUGAACAGAAUGGUUAUAAGCUGCUCUAUUUAUCGGCACGUGCCAUAGGCCAGUCGCGCGUAACACGCGAAUAUUUACGCUCCAUCAGGCAGGGCAAUGUCAUGCUGCCCGACGGCCCGUUGCUUUUGAAUCCUACUUCGUUGAUAUCCGCCUUUCAUCGAGAGGUGAUUGAAAAGAAACCGGAACAGUUUAAGAUCGCUUGUCUGUCGGAUAUACGAGAUCUCUUCCCGGACAAGGAGCCCUUCUACGCCGGCUACGGCAAUCGCAUUAAUGAUGUGUGGGCCUAUCGCGCCGUCGGCAUACCCAUUAUGCGCAUCUUCACCAUCAACACGAAGGGCGAGCUAAAGCACGAGUUGACCCAAACAUUCCAAUCUUCGUAUUGCAGCAUGACUUAUAUUGUGGAUCAAUUGUUUCCACCCGUCAAGCAUGACGAAGUCGCCAUCGAAUUCUCCAAUUUCAACUACUGGCGUGAUCCCAUACCGGAUUUGCCGGAACUGGAGACGGCACUGGUGCCGCCCAACAAAUUAGACACAGCCACACUGAGACCCAUUCCAGAGAAAUGAAUAAUCCAUAACCAAACGCAACUACACUAAUAUUAUAUACACAUAUAUAUAUAUAUAUAUAUAUAUAUUUAUACAAUAUUACUAUUGACUAUUAGAGUGAAGCUUUCUGUCGUGUUAUAUUUCGUAAACAUUAUGUUCAUUUCGCAUUCAAUCUUGUUCAAAUUUCCAAAGAAAGAGAAAGAAAAAACACAAGUUGAUCACAAUUGAAAUUCAUAAAUACAUCAAGCCUAUGUAUACUAUAAUUAAAUUAUAUAUAUUAAGUUCUGUCAACAACCAGAAAAAGUGAUUUAGCCUUGAAUUUGUAUCAUUGCAUACGAAUUAUUUAGUUAAUUGAUUUGUAUUUCGUGAAUUUAUUUGCGCAGGUUUUAUUUAUUCAUUUCUUAUAUGCCUCCCUCUCGUUUCUUUUAGCUGCAUUGAAUGAUAAUAAUAAAAUGAAUAUCAAUUGUAAACUGAAAUUCCUGAGCUCUACUAUAUUGAAAUCUUGUGAUUUAUAAUUUAAACUUAACUACCUUCUAUUUUUAUGAUUAUUAUAAUUUUGUGAUCAUCAGUUAAUGAUAAAUAUAUUUUGUGCUUAUGAUUUAGUUUAUGCUGGGCUUAAACAAAUGCUUAAAUA